UACGAAGUUGGACACGAGAUUUCGAAAAAAUAACCAAAAAAAUGAAUAAACAGUUUCUUUUGUUUUUGCUACUCACAUGGUUUUAUGGUGAAACGUGUGCUUCCAAGUUGCUAUCGAGAAGGAAACGAUAUGUCGCGUUCCCUGAAGGUUCCAGUUUUUCUUGUGCAGGCUGCAUGACAGUUGGCGUGAUUGGUCAGCCGGCCCCAAGCUCCGCUCCCGGUACCUUCACAUGGGGUAUGAACUGGGGCAUAGCAUACGAGCUGCCCAACGCCACAGAAACCAGCAAAUUUUAUAGAAGAUACAAUCGGCUGUCUAAACCCAUGGCUCAGAGGAGAAGUAGGCGAGAACUUUAUCAGAAGUUGGAGAAGAUCAUGGAAAAUAUGGGUUACAAUGGAAGACAGUGCAUUCUGAAAACCUUAUGUGAGACGACCCAGAGACUCGUACCUCACGGAGAGAACAUGGUUGAGGAAAUGUUCAGGACUUUGUUCACUUUACCGAUGACAAAGGUUCUGGCUUCUGAGCCAAUGGAGCAAGCAGCUUAUGACGCUGCCCACAGAUUGGGCAGCAUACUCUCCAGUUGUGAUAACUUCUCCUGCCCUAUAUCCCUGGUCGACCUGGUGAAAGGGUAUUAUAACGCUCCAUCGCCUAAACUGGAUACCGCUUUAAACCCUUGGGCCUUGUUUAGCAGCCAUUUUGGAUAGAAUAAAUUGAU